AUGGUGAUCAUCAAAGAAACUCUAAGCAAAACCAAGAAACUCUUCCACAAAACUUUCAAGAAUCUCAAAAAGUCCCUCAUCUUUGUGAAAUACCAAGAACAACCCACAAAUCCUUCUCCAAAUCCCACAUUGCAAGUGGUGGACAGUACAUUAUGCAGAAGCUACUCCGAAAAAUGGGAUUCCAUCGAAGUAAAGGCAAAAAUUAAGAAUAAAGAAGUUCGGAUUAAUUCGGCAAAUGCGCAAACCAAGAAAAACGAGCAUAUCACCACCACAAGAUCCAUCAGCUUUGCAAGCUGCAGGGGAUUAGAAUGCUCAAAGGAAGAAAAGAAUGUGAGGAAAAACUCGGCGAAGAAAACGAAAGAGUCGAGCUUUAGAGGUGUCGAUUUAUUAGCUCGAAAGAUGAAAGAUUUGGAGAUGAUGAACAUGAGCGAUAUGGAUCACGUGCUAGACGUUGAAGAAGUCUUGCAUUACUACUCGAGGCUCAACUGCCCGACUUAUGUAGAGAUUGUCGACAAAUUUUUCACCGAGAUGCAUUCGGAUUUCCAUGCGCCGCCACCUCAGCCAUCAAGAAGUGGUUCGAUGAGGAAAUUACGAUCGGGAAGUGUUCAUGGCUCGAUGAGAAGCCUCGCAUAUUGA